AUGACAUAUUAUCGACCCCUUCACGUUUUCCCAUUACCUCCUACCCCCUACGACCCUCAACCAUGGCCAACAGCACUCACCGUCGACCCCACGUCAGAUCUACUUUGGGUCGGUUCAUCCUCCGGACUCGUAUCGGCAUUAUGCUCCCCUCUUUCGCUUCACAGGAAUGUACAAUUCCCCGUGGUCUCAACACCUCCGGGAAUGUAUAGAUUACCGAUCAAUGAAGAAGUCAAGGAGAUCAGAAUGACAGAGAGGGAUGUUUGGACGUUGACUUUGGGUGGGAUGACAGGGAGGAAACGUGGUGGACAACCAAAGUGGAUCGUAGAGGACAAGUUGAAGACGUUAAACACUAUGACUCCGAACCCUAUCAACAGCCAUGAGGUCUUAGCUGGGGGAAGUGGACAAAUGUUACUUGCCAAUGCCAGUCGAGGAGAAGUAGUCCGUUAUUAUGACACUCCAAGUCCCACGGUUAAACUAUUCUCACAAGCUCGAAACGUCGUUUGCGCUUCACUCUCCGGCCAAGUGAAUAUCCUCGAUCCCAGAACAGGUUUCAAACCCAUGGUAGGGAGUAAACCCUUUCAAGCCCACACAGGAGGAUUGAGCGGAGCGGAUCUUCAAGGUAAUUUAGUCGCAACGUGGGGAUGGACACAUAGACAAGGACAUCCCUUAUCUGAUACCUUUGUCAGGGUUUAUGACGUCCGAACACUUCGUUCCCUCCCCCCUGUGACGUUCCCCGAAGGAGCGGCAUUUUGUCUUUUACAUCCUACCGACCCUAUGAAAAUGGUCGUUACUUCCCAACAAGGUUUCAUGCAGAAUGUCGACACCAGUCAAGGACCCCAAAGUACUACAUUCCAACCUCUCAAUGUUGGUUCUUUCGUCACUUCGAUGGCUCUCAGUCCGAUGGGUGAUUACUUGGUAUUUGGAGAAGGAAAUGGGAAUUUACAUCUUUGGACUACACACGACAUCAGUGAACAUGCUCCCAGAAGUGAAGAUGGACAAUGGUAUCUCCCACCUUUCAAUGGGUUCGAUGGUACUACUCCCGAAUGGCCAGAUGAUGCAGAACCCCCUCCUAUGAUUUUAUGGACAGAUGACACUCCCCUCAACCUCGUUGGAAUGCCGGUUUAUACCGAACCACUUCUCUCCAACUUUCCACCCGCCGAUUAUGCCACAGAUUAUUCUCCUUUUUACAAUUCUCUCGAACCUAUCCCCGAUAACAUUCAAGCCAAGCUACAUCUUCAAGACGGAACGCUAUGGGCACGUCUCGGUCCAGAGGAUAAAGGUAUUAGUCGUCUCAAAUUACGCCCUAUCGCUGGUGGCCCGACUGCAGCCAAGCACAGGAGAGAUAGACGUCAAUCCGCACCUCGUUUUCGUUCAGAACGUCGGACAAAAGAUAAUGUGUUUUUCGAGGAUGACGAGGAAGUCGAUCUUGACACAGUACCUAAAUAUUUCAAAAAGGUGGAAAUCAAAUAUUCAAAGUUCGGUGUGGAGGAUUUCGAUUUUGCAUACUAUAACGAUACUUCCUUUUCGGGUCUCGAAACGGACAUUCUCAAUUCAUACACCAACGCCCUUCUACAAGCUCUUCAUUACACUAUACCGGUCAGAGCUGUGGCGAAAGCACAUAUUUGUGUGGACUGCAAGAAAGAACAUUGUUUACUGUGCGAAGCGGGCUUUCUCUUCAGGAUGCUAGAAGAUGCCAAGGGUAUCAAUUGUCAAGCUAGCAACUUUUCCAGAGCGUUCAGUGCCACACCGCAAGCUGUUGCUUUAGGUCUUUUGGAGGAAAAUACCAGUAGCAAGUCGACUUCGGCUUAUGGAAAUAUGAUACAGAACUUUAAUCGAUGGCUCUUAUCUACGUUUAGUACGGAAUCCAUCGUGGAAGGAAAGACAUUUGAUCUCUUGCCGAAAACCCUCGCCGAUCUCAGUCUUGGUGACAGAAACAAUGUAGACGGACCAAAUUCCGUCAUGUCUGCCAUCGAUCAAAUUGUUGGUGUCAAAGUCAGGACUACCAGUACAUGCGCCGCUUGCGGAUAUGUCACAGAGAGGGAUUCAACAUUGCAAGCGGUUGAUCUACAAUAUCCCAAAAAUUCUGAUGAUGUAUCCUUCUCUGAAAUCUUAGCAUCCUCUGUCAGUCGGGAUACACUACACAAAGCUUCUUGCCUCAACUGCAAACAAUUCGCUCGACUGAAUAUCUCCCGUCGUUUGGCACACGGUAUUACAUCCCUACCGCCUGUCUUGUCAGUCAAUGCUAAGGUCACCUCUCCAGCAAUCUUCGAUAUAUGGAAAGAUCAUCCUGAUCAGGAACCUUUCCUCCCCACCGUGCUAUCCAUCAUUGUAGGGUCUGACGGAGACAUGUUUGCCGGAGACGGACCGGAAGCAGUCGCUUAUCAACUGAGGUCGCUGGUCAUACAGGUACAAGACACACUAGAUGCACCUUCCCACCUCGUAGCUUUUGCAAAAAUCGAUGCGGACGACGAUAGUGACGGGGGUUGGGUAAUGUUCAACGACUUUGUGGUACGACCCAUAUCGGAAGAAACCGUGUUUUCUUUCCCUGCCGACUGGAAGACACCGGCCGUGUGCAUAUUUGAAAGGGUGGAUGUGAACCAAAGCUUGGACUUGAGCGUUUUGCCCAAGACUUUGGAUCUUCGCUCUCUGCUGGACGAUGUCUCCAUGGCUAGACAUCGUCGUGAUGACGAGAUUAAGCAUGUCAUCCUCAGUCCAGACGAGAUGCCCAAGCCGGGCACGACCAUCGCUAUCGACGCCGAGUUUGUCCUCCUUCAACCUGAAGAAAUGGAAUUCCGGUCAGAUGGAACGAAAAAUGUCCUUCGUCCUUCGCACAUGUCCCUCGCUCGAGUGUCAGUACUUCGUGGUGAAGGACAGAAGGAGACGAUACCUUUCAUCGAUGACUAUAUCCACACAAAGGAAGUCGUCGUGGAUUACCUGACAGAGUUUUCCGGCAUUCAAAGCGGUGAUUUAGACCCAGAACUCUCACCUCAUACGCUUGUCCCUCUCAAAGUGGCUUACAAGAAACUCCGAUUACUCGUAGAUAUGGGCUGUGUGUUCGUGGGACACGGAUUAGCGAAAGAUUUCCGUACCAUCAACAUCUUCGUCCCCCCAUCUCAAGUUAUGGACACUGUCAACCUCUUCGUACUUCCCAAACGACAACGCAAAUUGUCAUUGCGAUUCUUAUCUUGGUAUCUACUACAAAAAGAUAUACAGACAAGUACUCACGAUUCCAUCGAAGAUGCCGAAUACGCUUUGUUGCUGUAUAAGCUGUAUCGGAAAUAUCAGAAGGCAGGCAAAUUUGAAGAACUGAUGGAGGAUAUCUUCAGCAAUGGAGCAAAAUAUGUGAGUUUUCUUCUCAUCCUCAUUUGA